AUGGCCGAGUCGGGCUGGCUCCAGUGGGCCUAUCUCCUGGCCACCACCGCCACUGGCAUGUCCAUCGUGAUGAUUGCCCAAACCGCCAACUCGUACUGGACGGCGUACAGCGUUGCGCCGCAGGAGGUGGCCAGCUUGAUCGACAGCCUCGACUUCUCCGUCGAGGAGGACGAGGGCUACGGCCAGGACAUCUCCAAGGUGCAGCGGCUCGAGGACAAGAUCCGGCUCAGCCGCAUGCUGAGGGAGAUCCAGAGGGUCGGCGAGGACCUGCGUGACGAGCUGGGCCGCCUGGUGCUCGAGGAGGGCGCCGCGACGACGCUGCGGACCAGCUCGAGGCUCAUGUGGGCGUCGAAGCGAGCGCAGCUGGAGGAGAGAGUCAAGCGCCUAGACACGCUGCGCAUACGCUUCAUGAUGGUCUAUCUUGGCAUUAUAACCUCCAUCGCGGAAAAACUUCCUCCUCCUCCGCCUCCACCUCCGCCGCCAAUGCCUCGACAGCAGCCGGACAAGGCCACUUACACGACGCCUACCAAGCCGUCGGCCAAGAAGUCGUUUGACGAGUUCCCUCGGCACACGCCUGCGCGGAGACUCACCACCCAGGCCAUCGGCCACAACGAGCAGGUCGAGACACCCCAGCGCAGUGGCUGGGCUGGGGUCGUCCAGGAGUUGCAGAUGUCUCCGCGGAUGCGGGCACGGCAUGCCUCCAUCGAGAAGCUCAUGGAGGAUUCGUCACCCUAG